AACUGAAAUAUUUUUCCUUUUUCUUUUUUUUCUUUUUUCUUCUUUUUCUUUGUUUUUGACCCUUUCUUCACUUUUAUCAACAUAGAAAGAAAAAGCGCAUUAUAUAUCAACUUUACGACCUAUUACAACCAAGAACUUUAGUUCUCUAAAAAAGAAAAACACUUUUUUUUCACCCAAAAAAAAAAAACUUUACCCAUUCCAUUCACUAAACCCUCCCCCCCCCUUUAUAAGAUGACCGACUGUUACAAUCCAGACCCUAUUAUGCUUCGCAAUCCUUCCUUAUUAGAAGAUAAUAAGGAGCAAUCAGAAAUCAUUGAAAUCACUCAACAUCUCGCACCCGAACUAUACCAAUAUGAAUUCCCACCUAAAUCUCGCUUAUUGGCCCUUGAAGCUGAUGAAAGCCAUGAGAAUGAAGACUAUUCUUACUUUGACGAAUGUUCUUUUACUACCACCUCAACUUCGACCGCAGCUUAUUCUAAUAUUCUUUAUGAAGAAGAUGAGGAAGAAGACGAUUAUUACCAACAUAAAAUACCUGAUAUUGAUUCCUUAUUACUCAAUGAUUCAGAACAAUUCUUAAACCGCUAUUUUGAUUCUUUUGAUCAACCUAAUGAUAAUGAAAAUAAUGACAAUAUGAUGGAGGAAAUGUCAUUUGUUGCUGACAAUCAAUUAUCGCCUCUUCAAUUACCUAUCCAAGCUAAUUAUGACCAUCGCAGCAACCGUGAAGAAUCUUAUGAUUCAACUGGUACUGUUGUGAUUCGCAAACCAUCUUACCAACCUGCUCGUCCUUCUUCUUUCUUGACCCCUUCAGCCAGACACAGUUUACAAUACUUGGAACGUGUGGCUGAACAAGACAGAAUCAAUUGGGACAAUACUUCAUUUGUCUUUCCAGAUUAUUCAUAUCCUCAAAAAGGCUACCGAAGUGUCCACCCAUAUCAAUGCAGCCGAGUAAGUUCAGAAGCCGACAUCUUUCAACGUAUUGAAGAAGAAGAUGAUGACCAAAGCCACUUUUCAACCAGCUCUAAAGUGGUGGUCAUCAAGAUUAGCAAGAACAUGCCACCUCAAUUCAUUCAUCCUUCUUCCAAUGGCAGCUGUAUCAGCACGGAUGAAGGUUACGAUGAUGAAGACGACGAUAACAACAGUUAUUCCAAGGAAUUGCCUAUUGAGUCCGCUUCUGUCUUUUUGCCCUUGUCCGACCAAGAACAGGAACACAUGAUGGAUUUAGACCACCGCCGUUAUUUGGCUGCCGUCAAAAUCCAAUCUGUCUGGAGAGGCUACAUGGGCCGUAAACAAAUGAAAUCAAGCUCUUUGAAACUGUCACAUCGUGUGCUGGCUGGUCUUGCACAAAUCAACGAUAGUAUUCAUCGCCGCAACUGUAACCAACUUCAAGAACGCAUUCAAGUCCUUGAAAGACGUCUGAACGAAGAAACAGCCAUGCGUAUGGCUUUUGAAAAAGCAAUGGAAGACAUGACUAUUCUGAUGGAUCAUCAACAACACGUCUUGCAUGAGCGUGUUGAGCAAGAAGUCAGUAUGAGACAAACCUACGAACGCAAAAUGGAACAGGUUUUAGCUCAAGUUCAACCCCUCGAGUCUCGACUUCGACAUGAAGCUAAAGCCAGAGCUGAUCUAGAAUCCAUGAUGUCCCGCGUACUUGAUCAAUUGCAUGAUAUGAAAUCCCAAGCAAGAGAAGAAGUUGAACACCGUAAAGCAUUGGAACACAAGUUAGAUUCUGCUGUUGAAGAGAUUCAAACUUUAAAGACAAAGAAGCCAACAUCUGCUGUCAAUACAACCCAGCCUUCUCGUGCUGUCUCUAGACUCUCAACUGCUAGUAAGAGUACUAAGACACAACCCAAUACCUCCUCUAGACCUUCCACAACUCCAUUAUCUCGCCCUGUUUCUCGUCCUGUUUCUCGCCUUUCUCAUGUCAACAAAUCAUCUGCUACCACGACCACUGCUGCUACUCGAAAGACACUUACGCCUUCUCGGUUAUCCACCCGUCCAACUGAAUCAGCUAAACCAGCAAUGAGAAAGACUAUCGUGAAUAGAAAAUUAUAAUUGCCAUUUAUUACUUAUUAAACAUUCUGAUGGUCGUUUAUUAUGGAUAAAAUACCAUUUUAUACAUCACAACAAUCAUCAUCCUCAUCUUGCUUAGACGUGUAGAAUACAACACACACACACACACACACACACACACACACACACAACACA